AUGAGCAAAAACAAGGAACUAAUAUCAAAAAUAGGGCUCCGCCUCGAUGGUAGAAGAGCCGACGAACUACGAAGGAUCCGUUGCAAAAUGGGAGUGUUCGCUCAGCCGGACGGCAGCGCCUACAUAGAACAAGGCCUCACCAAAGUCCUGGCGGCCGUGUACGGGCCCCACCAAGUAAAAAAUCGCCAAAAGGCCCAGCACGACACGUGCAUCAUCAACACGCAGUUCAGCAUGGCUGUAUUUUCGACGAACGAGCGCAAAAAACGACCCAGAGGAGACAGGAAGUCGACCGAAAUGUCUUUGCAUUUGCAGCAAGCUUUAGCUGCAGUAAUUGAGACUGAUUUGUAUCCUUGGUCUCAAAUCGAUGUUUAUGUGGAAGUUUUGCAUGCAGACGGAGGCAUUUAUCCUGCUUGCGUUAAUGCAGCUACUCUAGCUAUAAUUGAUGCUGGAAUUCCUAUAAAGGAAUAUGUGUGCGCUUGUACAGCUACUUUAGCUAACAAUGAAAUUCCAAUGUUGGAUAUUUCGCAUCAGGAAGAGGUCCUUGGAGGGGCUACUUUAACUGUGGCAGCUCUACCAAUGUCAGGCAAAAUUGUUCUAAUGGAAAUGUCUCAAAGGUUCCAUUUGGAUCAUUUACCUAAAGUACUUAAUAAGGCUUUGGAAGGUUGCAAGGAUAUUAAAGUAAUUUUAGAUGAAGCUGUUAAAAAUCAUGUUGCAGAAAUGGGUAGUUCUACAGGGUGGGCUAAUAGUAGAACUUGA